CCUCCCCGCCGGGUCCCCUCCCUCCCGCUCCCUGACUGCGCCGGCAGGCGGGAGGCGGCGCGGAGGGACCGUGAGGUGCCGUGCCGUGAGGGCAGCCUCUGGCCGGAGCCGAGCCCCCGCACCAUGCCGGCCGCCGCGCCGCCCCCGCUCCACCCCGCGCCGGGCUCCUGCUGCCACUGCCAGGGACGCCAAGGCUUGUUGGACCAUUCGCCACACAAUGCAGGCUCAAAAGUGAAAGAGAGGAAGCUACAUGGGACUUGUCCUCCUGUUGGUCGUGGAAACUAUGGAAAACCAUGUUUGGGUGAAAGCAGCCACAGGUCCUCACUUUUCAGUCCCCACAAUGGUUUUCACACGAUACAUUCAGAGCACAGUCCUGUGAAGCCAAGGAUAAUUACAGUGGUGAAACCCGGGGGACGCACACUCAGGAGGAUAACCUUGCUUCUCAACAGGAGAUCAGUACAGACCUUUGAGCAGCUGCUGGCUGACAUUUCAGAAGCUCUGGGAUUUCCUCGUUGGAAGAAUGACCGUGUGAGGAAGCUGUACAAUCUGAGAGGCAGAGAAAUCCGAAGUGUUUCUGAGUUCUUCAGGGAAGGUGAUGCGUUCAUAGCUAUGGGGAGGGAGCCCCUCACUUUGAAGGACCUGGAAGUGGUAUUACAAGAGCUUUAUCCUGAAAAUCCUUAUGCUGCCAGUGCUGCCAUUCAGCAGAAUGAGGAGCAGUCCCAAAAGCUGAAGAGUGGGCUGUAUGACAAGGCCUCAAAAGUAGACAGUGGCUUUGAUGAGACAGAAAUGACCAAGAACUGCAGCGAUGGCUUGUCUUCCCAGCUGGUGGCUGGACAUGAGGGAAAAAGUCAAGCCAAGACAAAGCAAGAGGAAAAAAUGAGAACCAAAAAAAAGUGGACUAGAGAGAGCUGGGGUGGUGAGCACGGAGUGAAGCCUUCUAGGAAAACACGAGAAAGUGAAAGGUACCUUAACCAUGAGAGGAGUUCUGAGGAAGGCUUAGAAGACAGUUCGGAGGAGGUGCUGAGGUGUGAGAAAUGUGAACAGGAAAGGCAGGCCAGAGAAAAGUUACGGAGGGAAAGGCAGGCUGAGGCCUCAUUUGAGAAUAGAGACUUGAACGCAGGUGCGUGUCAGAGGUACCACGUAGAAAGAAAUACAAAAGUCAGGAAGUGCCGGAAGUCUCCUGAGACUUGUCUGGAGGGUGAGGAAGUUGGCUGGAAAGAUAAUGGCAGUAGGAGGAUGUGGAAGCCGCUACAUAGGAUUGUUAAUGAAGGGCUGGAGAAGCAGAAGAGGAGCAUUGAGAAAGAAAGGGAUGUAGAGAAGCAUGAAAACCAUGGGAAGGAAGUAGUAAAAAUCAGGAAGAAUGCCGUAGAAGGGCUUCAGCUAUCUCAUGAAGUGAAGGAAGAUAAUGGAAGUAGCUGUGUAAUGAGCCAAAGUGGUUGGCUAAAGAAAGACUCUCUGAGGGAUGCUGAGAAAAUGUCUAAAACACAUAGGGAGGGCAGAGAGGGACAAAGGGCUAAAGAGGAAACUGCCAGAAGAGAGGGGAAUGCCACAUGUAGAGAGAGUGAUGUGACUCGACGAGAAAAAACAGGGGAGCGCAGAGUGAAUAAAGAAGACAACAAAGCUCAGGGAUUGGAAAGCACAAGCCGGAGGUAUGCCAUUAAAAGCAGAACUGAUGUGGAAAAACACUAUGAGAUUGGCAGAACUAUUGGGGAUGGGAACUUUGCAGUGGUGAAGGAAUGCCGCCACUGUGAUUCCAAUCAGAUCUAUGCAAUGAAAAUUGUUGAUAAAUCCAAGCUGAAGGGGAAGGAGGACAUGAUGGAAAGUGAAAUCCUGAUUAUUCGGAGUCUCUCUCAUCCCAAUAUAGUAAGCUUAAUUGAGGUGUAUGAGACAGAAGCUGAGAUCUACUUAAUAUUAGAGUAUGUCCCAGGAGGGGACUUAUUUGAUGCAAUCAUAGAAAGUGUGAAGUUCACGGAGCAUGAUGCUGCUGUCAUGAUCACUGACCUGUGUGAAGCACUGGUUUAUAUUCACAGCAAGAACAUUGUCCACAGGGACCUCAAACCGGAGAAUCUUUUGGUUCAGCACAAUGCAGAUAAAUCUACUACACUGAAACUGGCAGAUUUCGGCCUUGCUAAGCAGGUUACAAAACCCAUAUUUACUGUCUGUGGAACACCAACGUAUGUUGCUCCUGAAAUACUUGCUGAGAAGGGCUAUGGCCUUGAAGUGGACAUGUGGGCAGCUGGUGUGAUCCUUUACAUCCUGCUCUGCGGCUUUCCCCCUUUCCGCAGUCAGGACCGUGAUCAGGAGGAGCUGUUUCAGAUCAUACAGCUGGGUCACUACGAGUUCCUAUCCCCUUACUGGGACAAUAUUUCUGCAGCAGCAAAAGACCUCAUCACCAGGCUGCUGAUAGUGGAUCCCCAGAAGCGCUACACAGCACGCCAAGUACUUCAGCACCCCUGGAUCAGAACAGCGGGGAAAACUAACAGCAGGAAUUUGCAGAGGGAAGUGACAAUAAACAUUGAGCGCCAUUUCCGGGCCCAGCGCCGAAAGGAAGUUGUUGAUGAGGACACAUGAAAUCCUUCAAGCUCAUUUGGUCUUCUUUUUAUUGAUUAACAAAUCAUUUAUGUUUCCUUUUUUUUAAAUGAAUUGGGAAUUUAAUGUGUAGCUGUUGGUGGCUAUUGCCAUGCCUUUUUUUUUUGAUUCUGAGAUUCUGAAGGACAGAGAUCAAAUUCACAUUCACCUCUUCUGAUGUUACUUGGCAGUCUCUCUGUUGAAAGCAGUGGGGGGACUAGAUAAAUUCUGGAGGGUAUCUAUUAUUUUUCUUUAAGUACACAUUUGGGCUUUUACAUCUUUUACAAAUGUUUGCUUCUGUGACUGACACUAGUGGUGAGUCUUCUCUCAACCUUUUUGUAUGAUAUCCUCCAGGAAUUUUGUGUUUCUAGUGUUUUCAAAAUAUCUGUCUGCAUACACAUCUUGGACUGAUUCUUUAAAAAGUCUUUUCACUAAUUCCUUCUAGUCACAGAGAAGGAAGAAUAAAAAUAAAUAUAUACUUUAGCUGUAGAAUAUAAUAAAUAACCAGCCAGAUACUGUCUUUAUUAAGUUGUGAGGGAAUAAAACCCUUAUUGACCAAAUCUGAUAUUUUAUGAUAUCUCCCUUGGCAACAUCUGUCACUGGUUGUUCAGGCUAAUAGAUGGUACAAUGUUGCUGUUACAAGAAGGUGGUGCUGUGUACUAUGGAGGUUUCAUUUGUUUUUAGAAGGUAGAAGAUAUGGCUGGUACUUUUUCAAGAUUCAAAUAAUAACAACUUUCAAAGAGGUUUUCUUCCUACUCUGGGCAGUAGGAGGUUAAGUGGUUCCAAGGGCACUUUGCUUCGUUUCCCAAAGUCAUAAUUAUGGAAUGGUAACUCAGUCAUUUUUCCAUAUUGAGAUUUUUCACUCUUAGAGACAUCCAUGUGCAUCUUUGACUUUUCCAUGGUGAUGAAGAAGAAAAAGCUGGGAAAUCAUGACUAAAGUUAAGCCUUGCCUUCACAGUUUCCCUUUCAUCAAUACACUUCACAGCUGAAUUUCUUUUUUUACAUUUUUUCAGUGUAGUUUAGCAAUUGGUUUGCUUGUUUGUUUGGGGUUUUUCUCACUCUUACCCUUGCUGUGACCUUUUUCUCCUUGCUUCCAUGAGAAUAGGCAAGGGGAUGAAAUUAGACUAAAAUCCAGCUUGGGGAAAAACAACUCGGCUGUGGAAAGGUCUCCCAGGGGGAGUAUCAGAUGCUCUAUUGCACGUGUUUUUUUAAUAUUUUUAUUGGAUGCAGUUUUAAAGAAAUCCUGUGGGGGAAAAAUACAGCCCAGAGAGGGGCCAUGACCUGGACCAGCUUUUGAAUCUCAGAACUUUUGAUUAACUAAUUAAAUUCAAAAUGCACUUGAGUUUUCCAUUUUAUAAUUAUUUGUCUUCGAGUUCCAUGUGAUAGAAGAUUAUAUUGAUGUUAGAAUAUAAAUGGUGUUGGCAUUGAAUACACAGCCUUUAGAAAUGAAAGAAGGUGUUUUACUCUUGGAGAGCUGCUGUUCUGCCUAUGUAUUUCAUAAAGACAAAUGUCAGAAGCAUUUCAGAAUCAGUGAAACAUUUUCACAGCUAUAUUAACCAGAAUAUUAUUUCUUGGUGAGUGCUAAUAUUUUGUGUGAACUUGCUGAAUAACCAAAAAGUGUAGGGUGCUGUCAUCAUGUUCCUGUUACAUCUUGUGACUGUUUUGCUGCAAGAAUUUUGUAUAAAAGUAGAGAUCACUUGACUCUUAAAGGAGAAUUGCACUUUAAAUUAGCUUACUUCUAAUACUUACUGGAAUAAGACUUGCUAUGGAGUUCAAGAAUUGGUGAAACAAACAAAUCAAAUCUUUACUGUAUGCCCAAGUAGUAGCUAUAUGGUAUAUCAUACUUCUGCUUUGGAGUCUCUAAGUCAGGAAGACUUUUCCUUUUCCUGAAAACAAGAAUGAAUUUAAGUGCUUCCCUGAGUUAAGGGAACCUAAUGUAACCUAAUAUUAUAAAAAACAUUACAUCGUAUUUGAGUACUAGUAAUAAAUGUAUCCUCUGUUGAUUUAACUCUAUUUUGGAUAGGAAAUUGUGGAAAAAUAGCUUCUGAUGUGCAAUACUAUAUUUUGUAAUUAUAUUAUUUUUAAUAUAGUUGUUUAGGAAUAAAGUCUGAAGUGACAAAAAAUAAUUUAAUCAACAACGAAUCUGAAAGUUUGGAGAUUGUGUUACAAGUUGCCUUUUUCACCUUUAAGAACCUGUCUGCAGCCUUAUUCAUAGUGCAGAAGAUGGAGAAUUUGCUUGUAAUAAUUGUAAAAGUAAUUAUUUUUUGAAUGAUUUUUCUUUUCUUUCAAGUUCUGUUUUCCAGACAGGCUAAAACUGUGCCAGGUGGUCACUGCAUGGCUCCUGUAAGUGGCAGUGCUGAGGCACGGGUUUGUCACUCUUGCUAAUAGACUUGUGGCACUAGGCCCUCCUCCUUCAGGCUGGAGGCUGAAAAAGCUUCCAGGUGCUUCUCAGGGUUUUUACCUCUUUCUUUCCUGCUUUGUUUUUCCUUCUUUUCUCUUGUUGCUUACAGUGUUCUUGCUCUGCCUUUGUGCUGUCCGAGGGAGUCCAGGUCCCCAAACAUGUUUAACUUACUUGAGUAAUGAAAGCCAGUAUGAUUUUGGAGAGCUCUGCCUCAAGCUUUGCUUGCUGAUAUUAAAAAUCAUAUUAGGCAGGAGUAAGACAAAUAAUGGUGAAAAUCCCCUCUCAUCUCCUACUGCCUUUUCUCAGGCUUUUCUUUUUCCUCUGUGUGGUGUUCUAAUGCAGACCUGAUCUUUUUGCUCUGUAAGAGGAUUUCUAAUAUAUGGACCAUGUUCAUACUCUCUGAUUGAGGAUUAUUGUUGCUCUUCCUUUUCUAAGGUUUUUCUAAUGUGUUCUGUCUCCUUGGGUUCUGGACUCAUCUUCCCCUUAAUGUUUUCAUUUCUUGAUUGGUUCCUUUCUCUACAGUAAGUCUGAGGAGGCUGUGGGAGAUUAUAGACUCAGAGCAAAUUAUUGCAGAUUUGUUAGGAAGAAGAAAUACCCCUUCUUGCUCUUCCUUAAGUCUUUUUGGAUUAGACUCUCAUAUGACUUUAUAUUCCACUGAAAAUAAAAUAAGAUAUGGUGUCCUCAUCUCCUUAAAUACUAGCAAUGAAUAGAGUCUAUCAUCAAGAAAAACAACCCUCCCCCCAAGAACUAAGUGCAAAGUAUUAAUGAAUAUUGCAGACCUUAACAGGAAAGUUCCACUUCCAGAGGAUUUGCUGGGUCUAAGGCAACAGAAGGCAAGAAUCUGUUUGUUUGCUGCAAGCUUUAGCAAAUCAGAUGAGUAGGAAUCCUAUCAUGCCUCUUAAAAGGUAUUGUUUCGUUUCUAACUCAUAAUGGAGAUCUUGAUCAAGUUCUAGUUAUUCCAGGGUUAUUUCUUUACUAUCUGGUAUUGACUAUUUAAAAUAUAUUCUGCUUUUAGAAACCAGAGGCUCUCCAUUAUCUUUAACCAUUGACUUGGCUCUUCUUUAGCUGGUUGCAGCUUUUAAACAUGCUUGCUUAUUUUCAUGCCCUAACUGUAAUAUUUCUCAGACUUGAAGCAAGCACAAAGAUCCAAGCAUGUAGAAUUGAGCCAUCAAUAUUUCAUUUUGUAGUGAAACACAUUUGAUAUAGACAGAGUUGUUUUUUCAGCUUUUUCAGCUACCUGAAGAUGAAGUAGUCCCUGGAUAUCCCCUCCAUUUGCCAUCAAGGUCAACUUCUUCACUUUCCCUUUGCUAUUACAUUUAAUUGAUCCUAGCCCUCACCUACAUAUUUUCUAUCACCUAUCAUCUGCCUACUGUCACUGGCCUCUUAUCCCCUUGUGUCACUCCCAUUAUUGAAACAUGGUGAUGGUAAAAUCUUCACAUAUUAAUGUGUUUUUCUUCAGGAAAUUCUGGCCUUAGAAGUGGGAGUGGGCAAAAAAUUUUGGAAGUGUUUAGGCGUAUGAAACGGUGCAAAAAACUGGCGCUUCACACUGGACAGUGCUUAACUGCCUGAAAAUGAACAAUGGGAAUUUGGCCAUUGCUUGUAUAUUUAGUCUCCUAACAUUUAAAAAUGUGUGCCCAGGAGACUCAUGGUUGAAGCCUGGCAAUACAGCAGAGACUGUUUCUUCUGAGACACAGAUACUUUAUUUCCUUUUAUUCAGGAACCUUCUUAAUCUAAGAUUGUUCAGGGGCUGUGUGGAAUAGCUGGAUUCAAACACCAUCAAAUCUACCACCUGUCUUCUGACUGGAAUUAUAGGUGGAUUUCCUGUAUCUCUGUUACUGCAAUUUUUGGCUGUAGGGUGAUGAAGGGAUAGUGGGUUGUUAUCCCCUGAUUUUAGCCUCUUGGGUUUUGGUCCUCUUGUUAAAGUGAACUUUUAGGAGUUGACUGCUUGCUUUUUGGCAAGUACCCAUAUUUGGGGAGGUAUUCAGUCUGCUUGAAAAUAUAGUAAAUUUGCUGUGCUUAUGAAAGUGAUCUUCUCAAAGACACAUAAGUAUCAUUCUUAAAUAUUUUUCCUAUAAUUUCUUCUGUCACCUGGACUUCUUUUAGUUUAAGCAAUGUAAGGAGAAUACUUUUAUGUUUCUGGGCAUGUGUUUUUCUGUCUUUUCUAUGUCCACGAGUAAUACUUUAUUGUUGACAUUCUUGCUCCUGAAAGGGAUUAUGGGCACUUUAACUGGGCUGACAGUGUAUAAUGGCACUGUUUGUUCUACAAUAUGGUUUAUUUGUAACUAGGAUGAAGGUGUAAUUUUCUAAAUUAAAAUACAUUGUAGACUUCAGCAGAAAAGUUGUUACUCCUCCUCCUGUACCUCCAAUAAAGGUAAAUUAUACAGUAAAUGUUAUGUUUCAGUUCUUUCCAAUAAAUUGGUAAACAAAUGUGUGGCCAAGUAUUUUGAGGGUUUUUUUUUGUUGUUGUUUUUUGGUUUUGGUUUUUUUUUUUCUUCUGGCAAUAUAUCUGUUUGGGAAAUGCUUGUUUUAAAAGGUUUGCAGUUUCAGUAAGUAUUGUGUACACCUUCAUUUACAAAUAGCAGAACCCUUUCUAAUGCUGCAGUCCUUUGAAUACCUACAGUAUUUAUCUUCCAGUGUUUGUCUUUGCUGCUGCAGGUAAUCCCAUUAAAUCCAACACAAAUCUUUGCAGAACUGGAGCUGAGAUUUAUUCUACCACCAUUUUUUGCCCAUAUUGUGUUAGUCAUACAUGCUGUGAUGUUAGAACAAUUAUGACAAGCAGACUUGGCUUCACUUAUGCUUAAUGCACACAGGAAUGACUUCUCCCAUCAUUAAAACUUCUUCUGUAAAAUUCAAGUUUGUUUAGAAAAAGGUUUGCUUUCUUUGUAGGAACAGGCAUUCCAUUGGAAUUGAAUUGCUUGUAAAAAGUGGCUUUUUCAAAGGAGACUGUUUCUUAGUAGCCUGUGUAUAUUUCAGUUCUGUUAUUAAAAGUGGUAUUUUCCCACAG